GAAACCUACAGACACAUCUAGAUACCAUGUUGCGUCAGUUCGUGAAACCUUGUGCUAGACUUGUUAGUCGCAGAGCAGUCCUCCCAGUGGUAAGGUUUAACUCCACCGCUGCCGAUGCUGCUACCGCCUCUCCAAAGGCUGCCGUGGACCCCAAGAUCUCUGCCAUAGUGGACCAGAUCUCAACUUUGACCUUAUUGGAAACCUCUUCCUUAAUCGCCGAAUUGAAGGAAAAGUUGAACAUUUCCGACAUUGCAUUACCUGCUGCUGGUGCCGCUGCUCCCGCAGCUGCUCCUGUUGAAGAAGAAGUCAAAGAAGCUCCUGAAGAGAAGACUAUUUUCUCGAUAAAGUUGGAAUCGUUUGACCCUAAAUCUAAACCAAAGGUUAUCAAAGAAGUGAAGAGCUUGUUAGGAUUAUCCUUGGUGGAAUCCAAGAAGUUUGUUGAGUCUGCUCCUAAGGUAUUGAAAGAUAACGUGGCUAAAGAAGAUGCCGAAAAGAUCAAGGCUACUUUGGAAGGUGUAGGUGCUAAGGUGACUUUGGAUUAAGUAGGGUUGAUGCCUGUUUUACUAUCCCUGUAUAUAUACUAUAGCUAUUCGAAUAGCAAAUACAUCAAAGUU